AGGUUCAAAGGCGACCCGUAAUCCGCACGUGGUUUCCGUUUGCCCAAAGGCCCGUAAUCCGCACGUGGUUUCCGAUUGCCAACCAUCUAAUCCCCCUGGCCCGGAACCAGCCGGCACUAAUACCCAUUACCCAAGGACCCGACACCAACACCGCGUUAACUUUAAACUUGUGGUGGGCGUAAAGCAUUCCGUGGCCACAUGGGGUAUCGAACUCGGGUCCGUAUCGGUUGUGGUAACUACCUCAAGACCACUAGCCCACCACCCCGUGGUUAAUUAUAGGGUUCAGUAUAUAAAGCAUACAAAUUUUUAAAAAAUUUUUUAAAAAUAUGACAAUAUUAUUUUAAUGUAUAGUUGCAUCUUACGGUAACAACUAUACACGUGAGUUGUGGAGGAAAAGCAAGUUCAUACAGCGUUGCGAGUCUCGCACAUUUGCAUUCAAUAAUGGACUGUUUUGAGAGGGAGGGAGAGAGCUAACAAUGACCGUUGAUUGGGAUGUGAGCAUACGAUCAACCAAAUGUGCUAUUUAGUGAAGAGACAAGGGAAUGAGAGAAAACUUAUCAAUAUAUCCUAUUUUGAGAUGAAUGUGAUUUGUAAAGAGAGAAGAAGAUAAAGAGAUUGAGAACCGAGAAGUCAGAAUAAGAGCACACAAGUGGUGACAUCUUUUGAGAAUCAAAGAGAAACUCAUGUUCAUAAAAAGCAAUUCACAUCUUAUUCGUUAUUACUUUGGUGAAAGCCACUUUCUCGAUCUACCCUAAUUUCAAGUCUCAAUGUGAGAGAACCCUAGCCAUGUUUAUUAUCUAAUUAAACCUUUUUCUAUGUAAAAUUUGUUAAGGAGUGAAAGAGCUUGUGAAUCAUACAUCUUUAAGAUUAGCUUCAGAAACAAUAGUGUCACUGCCAGUUUGCGAGGAGCUUCUUUUUUAUUAGAAAGCUUUCUUGAGUGCAAAAGUGAACUAUACUUAUUGACAUAAUUUAUAUUGAACGACGAUAUAUAGAUAUCUUAUAGCAUUUGAGGGUCUUCUUAUUCUACUAUAAACAUUUGAAUUUAUUGUAGCGGCUAGUGACGUCCACUUAUUGAAAAAACAGAUGUACAAUUCCUAAAAUAAAUAUUUUUCGAUCCACACCAAAAACAUCCUUAUUGCAUCACCAACCUAACCCCUCAUCAUAUGAUGAUCACCUUUAUUUUUCCCUUUAAAAUAUACGCACAUCUACACACACACACACACAUAUACACGUGCAUAUAUAUAUGUUUAUAUAUCUGCCACAAUGACAUUGAAAUUUUCACAUAUCAAACAAACACAGAGUAUGAAUAAUAAUAAUAUGAACCCAUCUCUCGACCAAAAUUACACUUGGAACAACAUCAUCAUGAACAACAAGAAUGACCAUCAUCAUAACGAUCCGAUCGAUAUGGCCAUGAACCAACACACUCAACUCCACAUCUUCAAUCCUUUCACUUCAUCAUCUUCUUCUUUUCAUUUCCCGCCUCUCUCUUCUUCCCUCACAACCACCACGUUUUUCUCCGGAGAUCAAGAAGAAGAGGAAGACGAAGAAGAGCCUGUAGAGGAACUCAGUGCUAUGAAAGAGAUGAUGUACAAGAUCGCAGCCAUGCAGCCCGUCGACAUUGAUCCAGCAACCGUCAAGAAACCCAAACGCCGUAACGUUAGAAUCUCCGACGACCCUCAGAGCGUGGCGGCGAGGCAACGCCGCGAGAGAAUCAGCGAGAGGAUCAGAAUCCUCCAGAGACUCGUGCCGGGUGGCACCAAGAUGGAUACAGCUUCAAUGCUGGACGAAGCCAUACGCUACGUCAAGUUCUUGAAACGGCAGAUACGGCUUCUUAAUAAUCCUCCGCCGCCGCAAGAUCAAGCUUCUCAAGUGGUGACGACGUCAUGGGUUUCGCAGCCACCACCGCCAGAUUUCGGCGGUGGUGGAGGAGGAGAUUGGUAUAAAUCAGGUGAAAAUUCCAUUAAUAGUAACUAAACUUAUGUUAUAAACUAUAAACUGUGAGUUAUGGUUCAAUCAGGAAAGCGUUUAUAUAUAAAAACGGACACGAAGUAAGAGUUUGUUAGGAUGUCAUAUAAUAAAUUGUUGUUGACCGAGAAAAGGUUGUGGAAUAAUCAUAACGGUUAGCUUGAGCUGUGUACCACCAUAUAUAUAAAUUUAUAAUUAUCAUUUCGUAAAUAUAAAAAUAAGGUCUUGAUGAUUUGUAGUUUGGUUGUAUACAAGUUUUGGCCGAGCGUUUUUCGGGAACAAGAACCAUGACGCCAUGAAAAGACCUUAUUUAACUAGUGUUAUCAUUGCUGUGUUCAAAAAAAAAAAAAACUAGUGUUAUCAUUGCUGUGGACUUUUGUCUUUGUAUACACACAAUGUAUAAGUUUGUAAUAUACUAUAUUAUUUAUAUGCAUCAUGGAUAAACUCCAGUGAUGCAUUUCUCACUUAUAUGCACGUUAUUCAUAGUGUCGCGAGAUAUAAAUAAGUAGAUACACCAUGUUACAAAAGAGCACAUUGACAUAUUUGUAUAGAGGAUAUAUGGAGCAGAGAAAAUGUACUUUCUCGUUUGUCUAUCGAAUUAAUGAAUCGAAGUUCAGUUUCAAUCUCUUUUUACUUCCCAAGAAUAAAAAGAAAACCUUGACAACAAACAAACUUAAAAUGAAACCAGAGCUUUGUUCCACACUUGUUGGUCAGAAAAAAAAAACACUCAGAAGAGAGAGUGAGCAAAACGUAUGCUCUUUGUUGACUUCAGUUCGAUAUUUCCACUGACUUUUGUGUCUC